AUGCAGUUUUUCACAUCCCAGAACCUUUUUUGGUUCGGAUAUUUUGGUGGGACCAAUUAUCUAAUACAAACCGAGUACCGAGAUUAUGAUUGCAUGGUUUCGUGGGUCCCAGUGGGACUGGCGGGUGUAGGGGAUAUGGGUCGCGUGGUAGAUGAGUUUAGACGGAUGCCUGGUGUAUGGUUGUUGACCCGGCCGCUGUCAGGGAUUCCUAUCGUCACGGACGGCAGGGACGGCUGUGAUGUAAGGUUGUGUGGUGUCGUGAGCAGAUUGAUUAUUGUUUUCAGGGAAGAAGUGAUAAGGCAAGUUCGUAAAAGCUUCAAUCUAAACGAGGAGUACCUAAGUGCAUUUAGAACCAAAUCCUAUGCAGACUUCUUCAACAAAGCUCAGUUGCUUGUAAACGAGCCAUCAUCGUCUCCAUUGAAUUACAAUCCUGAUCACAAACUGACAGAAGUCCUCCUAGAACCUGGUCAAGAAGCCAUUCCAGAUAUCCUUGAAUCGGCAAUUCUUUCGAAGGUACCUAAGUUGAAAGGCCUUAUGCUCAACUUCUUUGACUUAAGUGCUGAAGCCUCAAAAAUAUGCAGCCACCUCUUAAAAAGCAUCAACCAUGUCCAAUCCAGUUACCACUUUGUUCAACAAGAACUUGAUAAAUUUGAAGACUACUCACCGGACAAAAUCAAAUCCAUUAUUUCGGAGCUAAACGUGCUCAUACUUCAAAACAACAUUAACCCUUUUCCAAACCCUAAUAACCAUGACUUUGAGCUCAUUCAUGAAAACUACUCGUCGGUUUUGCACCACCUAAAGUCGAUGAGGAAAAAGGUGUCGCGGAAGAUUAAGCUCAUUAAAUGUUUCAAAAAGGCGACUGGGAUUUGCAUAACAGCAGCUUGUAGUUUGAUUGCUAUAACCGCUGUUGUUUUAGUAGCACAUACUCUCACUGCCUUGCUCAUGGGGCCAGCUCUCAUCAGCUUCCCAUUCAAGAGCUUCAAGAAAAAACUGAGUAGCAUUCCAUUUUUGAGAAGUAGGAUUCUUACCAAAGUUGGAGAACAACUUGAUGUGGCAGCCAAAGGGACUUAUGUUUUGAAUAUGGAUUUCGACACGAUGAGCCGACUUGUGGCAAGGCUUCAUGAUGAGGUUGAACACAACAAGGCGAUGAUCCGGUUCUGCUUGGAGAGGAGAGAGGAUAAGUUUUCGUUGCAAGUUGUGAAGGAGCUUAAGAAAACUGAUGUUGGAUUCAGAAAGCAAGUGGAAGAGCUUCGAGAGCAUUUGUAUUUGUGUCUUGUAACAAUCAAUAGAGCUAGAGCUUUGGUGAUCAAGGAGAUGACAAAAUCUUGUGUAGAAAAUUGAUUUAGAAGUUUAGGAGGGUAGCCAUUUAAAAAGGCCUUGUACAGUAUAAUAUUUCAUAUUCUCUAAAAUAUACGACUAUACUCAAUUUGUAUGAUGACCAAGAACCUAUAAG